AUGGCACCCCAGGCGUCCGGUCUCUUCAAGCUCCCCCUCGAACUGCGCCAACUCAUCUACGAGUACGUCUUCACCAAAGAAGUGCGCAUCACCUCUCCUCCGCUCUCACGAGAUGCUGUCGCAGUACUGAGAAAGCGCGGCGUCCCAUGCUUGCCACCGCUCAAAGCCCCUCCUUUCGGCGUCAAACAGAAGAACAUCGGACUCCUCGCCACCUGUCGCCAGAUCCGCAGCGAAGCCAUCAAAUUCUACUACCGCUGCACCAUCUUCAGCUGUCCGGCCUCUGCGAACGUCCUCCGCACGUACCUCGACUCUAUUCCGACACUGCAGUAUCAGGAGAUCGGGACUAUUCAUGUCUGGAUGCUGUUCAAACUCGGCUCGAGGAGGGACACUGCGGUUGAGUACAGGAGGAAGUUGAAGGCUAAGCUUAUCAACCUCGAGGCUGAGCUGCUUCACUCUGGGAUCACCAUUCGCCCCGGCGCACUCAUGGCUCUUGCGCCUCUGUCGGUGCCGAAGGGCGAGCCAAGCCACCAUGUGUGGACUUCCGAACCUACGGAUGUCGAUUUGGAGGAUGAAUGA